AUGAACAUGGAAGAAGACUCGGAGAUGGGUUUCAGCUUGAACGUUAGUUUACUGAAGAAUUACCGCUACAUCGUUAUUAUGAGUUCAAACGCUGCACAGCACUCGUGUUGUCUGAAAAAUGGAUUGACGGUGAAUUAUCAAAGAUGUGGAUUCAAGAGAAGUCUUAGCAGAAACAUGCGGCAAGGCCUUGGCAUGGACAUGCGUUGGACUUGGAACAAGCAAGAUGCUACGGUGGAUGUUUGA